CUUGGUCACCUAUAUAACAAGGUUCCAAUGGGAUAUGGCCAAAUACCCAAUCAAGCAAUCCUUGAAGAAUAUUUCAGAAAUUAUUGCAAAGGGAGUAAACCAGAUUGACAAUGAUCUAAAAGCAAGAGCCUCAGCAUACAAUAAUCUGAAAGGGAAUCUUCAGAAUUUGGAAAGAAAGAAUGCGGGAAGCUUGCUAACCAGAAGUCUUGCUGAUAUUGUAAAGAAAGAGGACUUUGUACUUGAUUCAGAAUAUUUGGUCACGUUAUUAGUGAUUGUGCCGAAGUUAAAUUACAAUGACUGGGUUAAGCAGUAUGAAACACUAGCAGAGAUGGUUGUACCACGUUCCAGCAAUGUACUCUUUGAGGACCAAGACAGCUACCUUUGUAAUGUCACCUUGUUCAGGAAGGCAGUGGAUGACUUCAAGCACAAAGCCAGAGAAUAUAAAUUUAUGGUCCGUGACUUCCAGUACAAUGAAGAAGAGAUGAAAGCCGAUAAAGAAGAGAUGAAUAGACUGUCAACUGACAAGAAGAAACAGUUUGGGCCUCUGGUUCGGUGGCUGAAAGUUAAUUUCAGUGAAGCUUUUAUUGCAUGGAUUCAUGUCAAAGCAUUACGAGUUUUUGUUGAAUCUGUUUUAAGGUAUGGUUUGCCAGUUAACUUCCAGGCUAUGCUUCUUCAGCCUAAUAAGAAAACAAUGAAGAAACUGAGGGAAGUUCUGUAUGACUUAUACAAACAUCUUGACAGCAGUGCAGCAGCUAUCAUUGAUGCAACUAUGGAUAUUCCAGGUUUAAACCUCAGCCAACAGGAGUACUACCCAUAUGUGUACUACAAGAUCGAUUGUAAUUUGCUGGAAUUCAAGUAAAAGUUCCCUAACAUGACAAUCUUCUCAGUGUUGGUGUAAACAAACAGAAGUGAGGUUGAAGUAUAAUAAUACUUUUAACAUUCUACUAAUCAUAUGCUUGCUUCUUAUGUUAGGUGAAUUGAACACACCGUGGUCCAUCUCUAGACAUUUUAUUUUUAAAGAACAGUGUAGGCAACCAGCUUUUAAUCGACUAUGUCUGUAAAUGUAUAUUGAGAGAAUUGAAGUAUUUAUAAACAGAGUGAUUUAUUUAAGGAAAAGCUUAUCCCUCUUUCAUAUGGUGGUCUGUGUUAAUUCCAUUUACUGUUGUUUAUAAAAAAACUUGUUUACAGAAGACUAGUGUAAAUGUUCAUGGCCAUUUUGUUCACUUGAUUUAGUAGAUAAAACUGUGUUAACAUUGUUGAACUGUGAUGUAAAGUAUGUAAAAUUGGUAUGAAAUCGUGCUUUAUGAAUGGUUUAAAAUUACAAUUGAUGCACUGUAAACACAGGGAAAAUAAACAUACCUGUGCAAAUGUG